GGUACGUUACGUCGGUUUCUACCGGCAAUGAUUGGUUACAUACAACAACACAAGGCUCCUCUUUUUGCUUUACUAUCACACGAACAUGAGUUCCAGAGUUAUAUCCUAGUGUUAACGUUGAAUACAAGAGUCUGAAAUUCGUGCGAGUUCGGUGUCUGUGAUAGGGAAACAUACCUUGAAAAUAUCUUUUACUCAUUCACAUUUUGCUUGUGAAAAUUCUGUCUAUAGGCCUAGAAUAUAGUAUGUGUGUUGUAGAGUUUAACUUCCUGUUGUGCCACUUUUAACGGUUGACAGUUAUUGAUCCCCUAAGUCGUUUUUUACGAUUUCUUCAACGCUGCACAUCUACCUAAUUAUGUCAGAAACUGCAAUCAGCAACUUCAUUAGCAAGUCGACGUGUCAUUUAAAAAGGCGGAAUGUCAUUUUGGCAUCUUUUUUCUUAGCGAUAUUAGCUGUUACCUACAUUGGCAUUAUUUUCGACUCAAAGAUCACCAUCAAACAUUAUGUCGACUACCUAAAAUUCCACCCGUGGACAUCUGCAGCUGCAUUCCGACCUUCUGCUGAUUGUGAUUUGUCUUCAUCUUGGGACACUGUCUUGAACUCUGACACAUUAACAGGCGCUCAAGUCAUGCAGUACUUCAAGUGGAGCAACCGACAGUCCUGUCAGUUGGUGCAAGACUUUGGCGGGACGAUGUAUAAAGAGCCGUCGGGCUGGGAUGGACAGAAAUCGUUGUGUCUCGACCCGGAAGUGGCGCCCGUACCCGGCGACUGUCUCGUUUACUCGUUCGGCACCAACGACGAGUGGUCGUUUGACGAGCAAAUGUCGGCCUACGGUUGCCAAGUUUUUGCAUUCGAUCCUUCGAUGAUGGGCGAGGAUCACUACGACCACAAUCCCGGUAACGUCCAUUUUUACAAAUGGGGACUGGGCGACCGGGACCGACACGACACCGACUACAAUUGGGAGAUCCGUUCACUUUCUUCCAUCUACCAGACGCUCGCCGCCCGUCACGGCCGCAAGAUAAUCGACUAUCUGAAAAUCGAUAUCGAAGGUGGUGAGUGGGAUGUCAUAACAGAGAUGAUUGCAUCCGGGAUGUUGUCCAACGUCCGGCAACUAGGCGUCGAAAUUCAUUUGGUCACCAACGCUCCGCUGGAAAAGUAUCGCGACUAUGCGAAAUUGCUGAGAUCGAUGGAGACGAUGGGGAUGGUCCGCUUCGAUUCCGAAUUCAAUCCCUGGUUUAUGGCUAAUUUCACGCGACUACCUGAGCUCGGGAAACAAAGUCAAGGGUACGAGAUUGCGUGGUUUAAUGCCAACCUGACCCGUCAUCCUACCGGUGGUUAAAACAUUUGCGUUGCAUUCCUAUAAUAGAUUUUGUGCAAAGAUGUUUCUCAAUUCACUUUAUUUGAUGGGAUGAAUAUAAUUGAAUAAAAUUGACGGUCAAAUCGAACAAAUACACGAAAUAAAAGGUAA